UCACCCGGAAAAGCCCCACGUCGGCAUAAACAAAGAAGAAAGUAGCUUGUAAUGUUCCAAAAUGUUCCGGUUUGUGGUUUUGUUGUCGAUAAUCCCGGUCUGCGAGGCAGUGUGUCCUUGUGAAAGUCAGGAGCUGUGCCAACACAUCCGUGAGCAGAGAAACUCUGAGGUAUUUGUGUUUGAUGUGGGUGGAAAAACAUGGAAGUCCUAUAACUGGAGCAUGGUGACCACAGUAGCAGCAUUUGGAAAAUAUGAUCCUGAACUCAUGUGUUAUGCCCAUUCCAAAGGAGCACGGGUGGUCCUGAAAGGUGAUGUUCCCCUCUCCAACAUUGUGGACAAAGACAACAGGACAGCAUGGAUAUUGGAGAAGGUUGAAUUGGUAAAGAGUCAGUUUAUGGAUGGAAUCAACCUUGACAUUGAACAAGAAGUGAAAGAGGGCUCACCGGAGUACCACGCUUUGACAGACUUGGUCCGAGAGACUACUGAUGCCUUCCACUGGGCGAUGCCGGGUUCUCAGGUUUCUUUUGAUGUUGCCUGGUCACCUAAAUGCAUCGAUGGUCGCUGCUAUGAUUACGGUGCCAUUGCUGAAGCCAGUGACCUGCUGUUUGUGAUGUCCUACGAUGAGCAGAGCCAGAUCACAGGGGAUUGUAUUGCAGUGGCAAAUGCUCCACUCUUUCAAACACUUAAUGGUUAUAAGGAAUAUUUGGACUUAAACAUUAGUCCAAAGAAGCUUGUGAUGGGAGUGCCAUGGUAUGGCUAUGAUUACACCUGCCUCAACAUGUCCAAGGAGGGUAUAUGUUACAUAGACAAGGUUCCUUUCCACAGCACCCCCUGCAGUGAUGCUGCUGGAAAACAGAAACCUUACAGCUGGAUCAUGAAGCAAAUUAAUAGCUCGAUUUCUGGCAGGUUGUGGGACAUAAAGCAGCAAGCUCCCUACUUUAAUUAUAAGGACGAGCAAGAACUGAUUCAUCAGGUAUGGUAUGACGACCCUGAGAGCAUUUGUGCCAAGGCUGACUUUGUGACUCGUGUAGGUUUGAGAGGCAUUGGCAUGUGGAAUGGAAACAUUCUGGACUACGGUGACGUCCCAGUGGCCAAGCAGCAGACUGCAAGAAUGUGGGAUGCUCUCUUGGGAUGCUAACCAGAACAUCAGGACUGCAAAAAUUCACACCACCCCUGAAUGUACUGCUGCCCCCAAACAAAGAAAUUGGCUGUAAUAUAGGAAUGAGUCUUAAAAGCACAUCUCCUCCAAGAUCCGUGGAGGAGAUGCACACCACACCACACGAAGAUGUGUGUGAAGGAACAUAGUUGUCGUCCAGUAUUUUAAAAGGGAUUUAAUCGGAAAUUUUUGUGUCAAUGCAUCAUUUGAUAUUGACUUAGUAAGUGCGCUUCCUCUUAUGGAUUUCAGGGACACUUCUUGCAAUGGUAGCACACCAUGUGGAAAUGUGCAAGAAAGAAAAUAUAUGUGAUCUGACAUCUUAGAACACAGAUAACAAUACUUGUGCAUUCCAUGUGCAUAGAUUAACCACUAACAUUUGCACUUUAGGUUUUUUGUGGCUUUUAUUGCUGUUGUUUUUACUUGCAGUUGCAUCUCAGAUUUUGUAGUGUGCUAAAAGAAAUGAAACACUGUUAUUAACGAUCUGCA